UUACCGACGGAUUAUGUAAUUAGUUCUUUUAUUAGUGUCCGAAUACCCCAUAUGACACCCUAUAUAAUACCUGACGUAUCACGACGAAACUUUACACCCCUGGAUCUAAACACCCCAUUAGGAGCACUAUAAUCUCUUUUUUAACCAUUAUGCUAGAUAACGUGUUUUUUGGAUGGAGAAAGUACUCCAUUCAUCAUAAAAUAUAAUAACCGAGAAUCAAAUAAAAAGUAUCUAUGUCCACUCGUAGUAUUUUCUAGGUUGCUAUAUUAUGUAAACAGAGGGAGAGGGAGUAAGUGUGAAUUACUACCGUGUACUCCGAUCUCUCUCUGGAUAUACAUACCUCCCCGGGAGAAGGCGACCGAUACUUUCCCCUUCUCUCGUUCCCCUCCUCCCUCUACAGUACUCUCCCCAAAAUCUCUCCUCACCGGCCCCUCUUCCCCUUCGAUUCUGGCGGCUUGCCACCGGCGAGGGUUGGAGGAGAGGUCCGGCCACCUCCCCUCUACUAGUAUUAGGUUGUUAGAUCUAUUAUUAGGUCGUCAGGUGUCUCCUGUAGUUAGGGUUUGUCCCUAAUUGGUCUUUUGCCGACGAGCUCCAUGGGUGCCGGUGUGGUCGGAUGCGGCGGCGGGUGGUGGCGGUGGAGAUGCGAGAUCCGAAGACCGGUGGAUGAAUCGACGGAAAAGGCUGGUUCCUUGCGGCGGCGGCGGCGGCUACAUCGUCGUCGGCAAUCGGGAGAAGCCGGCUCCUUGCGGCGGCGCCAGUUGCUUCGUCGUCGGCGUCCGGGAUGUCACUGUCCUGAUGAAUCGACAGAAAAAGCUGGCUCCCUGUGGCAGUGUCAGUGGCUUCGUCAUCGGUGUCCGGGAGGUCGCUGCCCCGUUCCUAGAGACGGCGGCGGCAGCUUCUUGAGGCCUGCUUCGCCAGGGCAAGCUAUCGCCCAGAGCUUGCUGCUCGUGGUGCUUGACUGCCCGUUGGCGAGGUGGCGGCGAUUCUGCCGGUGCAUGCUUGAGUGCUUCCUAUGCCAUGGUUCCAUAAGUCAAGUCUCGCAGGAUUUCUCUCCCCCAUUCCCGCAUGUCGAUCCAAGAAGACAGCAGUUUAUUUGCCACCAUUCGAGUGCUUCAGUGGGUUUGGGGAUCUGGAUGUGGGCUCCUUCUUCCUCUGUGUUUCCCACCAGCUCAUUCCAUGCAGGGUUUGUUGUUCGGGUUGAGCUCACGCUCCUCAGAUUUAACGACGAACUCCGUGGACUUCUCUUGCUGAGUCCGGUGAUGCUCCCUCAAAAUCUACGGCUUAGCAGCAAACCUCCGUUUUGUGCAGUCUUCGUGGAGGCAACCGGAUGGAGAUUACCGGUUUGUCAAGCGUGCUGCACGCCAAAGGAGGCCCAAGGUUGCAUUCGUCGCGGCAUUGCCGCAGCUCCCUGUCGAUGUGCACCUUCUUUGCAGUGUGGUUUCAUCACGAAGUUUGUAGCCUUAAGUGCAGUUUCCCCGUUCUUUCGAAACGGAUGGUUUUAUGCUUCCUUUUGAUCUGUUUGCAAUGUACUGGGAUUUAUUCCCGUGAACUCUGUCGCCCUGUAUUGAUGGAUGUUUAAGUUUAAAAAAAAAAAACAUACCUCCCCGGGGACGG